GAGAGACCAGACCUCUCCAACUUUGUAACCUGGCCAACUCUCCAACACUCCAGCCUUUCUGCGCCCCCCCUUCGGCUCCAGCCCUCCAGACUCCCUAGACUCCUCCCAAUUCAGGCGUCAUGGAGCUCAUCUUUUCCAAAGUUCUCGUCGAGUUGGGCAUCAUCUGCAUGAUCGCCAUAGUUGUCAUAGCCCACUGGCGAUCAAAGCCUACGCUUCCUCUCCCUCCUGGACCUCCUGGAGAGUUCCUCUUGGGCCAUACCCGUGUGAUACCCAAGAGCAAUACCGCAGGAACCUAUGCAAGGUGGUCAAGGGAAUACAACUCAGAUAUCAUCUAUGUCAAGUCUCUUGGUCGCUCUAUUGUCGUCCUUAACAGCGCCGAAGCAGCUAGGGACGUCCUUGAACGGAAAGGCGCGAACUUCUGUGAUCGUCCUAAGUUUACCCUUUUGGAAGUCAUGGGUUGGGGAAAGACCCUGACCUUUCUCCCCUUCGGCGAGCGAUGGCAGAUGCACCGGAGGGUGCUUCAGACUUCGUUCAGCAACACAAAUGUACGAAAGUGGCAUAAACUUCAGAUGACCGAAGCACGACGAACAGUUCAAAACAUUCUGCGUCGCCCUGAUGGUUGGGAAACCUCUCUUCGUCGGCUUGCUGUGGCCAUUGUCCUCCAAGUGAGCUACGGGACUGAGGUUCCCAAUGACGAUGAUCCGUACAUUCAGAUCGCCAACGACGCUAUGUACGCCACUGGCAAUGGCGGUGCUCCAGCCAACAGCCUCAUCGAUCUGGUACCCCCUGCUCGCCACCUACCAGAUUGGCUUAUUCGGGACUGGUCCCUUCGAUUUGCACGACAAUGGCGGUGGGCUAUCCAGAAACUACACGACGUCCCGUUUGACGUUGCCUGGAAGGAACAUUCCAACGAGGCGCUUGGUAACAAACAAGAGUGGUCGCUCGACGACAUCAAGGGCGCAGCGGGAGCGGUUUUUAUUGCGGGGGCCGACACGACCUGGGCGACCUGUGUGAUUUUUAUCCUUAAUAUGGUGCUUCACCCGGAAAUCCAAGAAAAGGCCCGGAACCAACUCGAUUCGGUCAUUGGCACCGACAGGCUGCCGGCGUUCUCGGACCGGGGCUCCUUACCUUACAUCGAACACAUUGUCCAGGAAGUGUACCGCUGGUCGCCCUUGGCGCCACUAGGGAUCCCUCACAAGUCGCUCCGGGAUGACGGUAUGAAACUUGGCUUACUGCCGUUCCCAACCCGUCAAACGACGUGGAUGAGUCUGAUAAGCUCCAGGACCGUGGUGUAUGCCAACGCCCAUGCCAUGGCGCAUGAUGAGCGGAUCUACCAGGCGCCCCACGACUUCAACCCCGAUAGAUAUGAGCCGCUGGCAGACGGCGGGCCGGGCGAGCCAUUCCCCGUUGGGAAUUUUGGGUUUGGACGACGGGUCUGUGUCGGUCGUUUUCUCGCCGACAAUAGCGUCUGGAUCAUGGUGGCCACGAUGCUAGCCACGCUCGAGUUCCGCAAGAAGCGGGAUGGCGCCGGAAAUAUCGUCGAGCCGCAAGUCUCGUUCACCAAUGGCGGCACCUGGUACGUUUGCAUCCUCCCGGCUUGAUGCCCUCAUGGUCUGGAAUCUCUUCGUAUGGCUCCAAUCCCUUGUCCACGGCCCCUCGGCCCCUCUGCCCCCUCUGCCCCCUUCAUCCCCACAAUCCCCAUGCUUGUUGGUGCUGAUACACUUUGCUGACAUGGGUAAUGGGGGAAAAUUUAGCCAUCCCCAGCACUUUGAGUGUUCCAUCAAACCCCGGAGCCCCGAGGCCUUGGUUCUCGUUGGAGCCAACUAGUAUAAAAAGGAAUAGACACUGGGUAGCUGCGUUAGUUAGCCUUUAGUAUCGUCCGCUGAACUGGAACCCCGGCGGCAUGGUAAAGCUGAUUUCUGCGCUCGACAAGGCGGGUCCCGAGUCAAGGCGCACACUGGCGUUGAGUUCUCAAAAAUCAG